AUGGAUAAGGCUGAGGGGAACGGAGACGUCGACGCGCGGCAGGCCGUGGGCGGGCGGGCGAAGCGAGAAAGAAAAAAAGGAGAGCCCACGUUUCAUCCUGCCCCGCCUCCAUCGUCCCCAUCCCUCCCUCCUCUCUCCUCCUCGCCGCCACAGGGGUCCCUCUCCUUCCUCAAGCAGCGGCGGCGGCGUGAAAUACAGUGGGCUCGGCCUUCGUCGGCGGCCGGGUUCCUCUCCUCCGUCGAGCAGAGGCAGCGGCGGUGGCGGCGGCGUGAGACGCAGGGGGCUCGGCCCUUCGUCGGCGGCGGGGUUCCUCUCCUCCGCCGAGAAGCGGCGGCGGCGCGGGACGCAGCGCGACCUGACUGCGACGGCAGCAGCGGGGUCCCUCUCCUCCGUCCAGUGGAGGUGGAGGUCGAGCGCAUCGUGGCCGCUGGAGUAGGAGAAGCAGCGGGCGGCGGGGCUGAGGAUGCCGGCGAGCGGGAGGAAGCGGGUGAGCGCGUGCGGCGGGAACGCGGCGGCCGGGUCAACCUGGCGGUAGAAGAAGAGGCGCUCGACAGGGUCCGUGAAGAGCCAGCACACGUCGUCGAAGAAGGUGAUGGGGAGCUCCGCACACAGCGUCCCCGGCGCCGGUGCCAUGUGGGUUCGCUCCGUGCACCUUUGCUUCCGCCAUGGCUCACUGGCUUUGCUUGCUUGGUGAACACAUUUCGUCCAGCCACCGCUCGUAUUUCAGGCAUCCACAAGACCAUCAAGACCGUCAAAACGAAGGGGGUGGGGCCGGCGAAGGUGGAGCUACUGGCGUGCAAAAGGGCAGCCCAACUGGCGGAUGAUGUCAAUGCAGCACAUAUACACAUUAAGAUGGAUUGCAAGGAGAUAGUUCGGAAGCUUCAGAAUCUAUCUUGGCAAGGGCCUUUGGUUCAGGAUGUCAAGCAUCUAAUGGAGGCACGCCAAAGCUGGAAGGUGAGCUGGGUUAGGAGAUCAGCUAAUGUGGCGGAUCACAGAUUAGCUAGGGAAGGGGUUAUGAAUAAUUUGUGUAAGGUAUGGCUGCAUCAACCACCUGAUUGUAUCCACGACGUUAUUGCGGCAGAAAUUCCUGCCUUCUAUGAAUAAAUAGGAAACGUAUUGAACCUCAAAAAA